GCGAAGAGCCCAAAAAUGAGUAGCCCCUGCCGCGUAAUACGCGCCUCGAAUUAUCUGCUGCUGCUCACAGGAUACCAGAUGCACUGGUUUGACGCCCAGCAGCAGCGCUAUCGGAUCACUCUGCCCGGUGUGGUCAAUGUCUUUGUGCUGGCCUGCGUCUAUGCCGGCUGCUUUGCCCAGCACUUUCAGCCUUCGGCGCUGCUGAAGACGCUGCAGGAUGUGUCGCCUUUUCUAUACGACCUAACCCGGCUACAGCUCGUGCUGAGCAUCAAGGUGUUUAGCUACGCCAUUUACGCCUCUGUGCGUGCUGUAGGCGUGGCAAGUGCACUGACGGCCUCGUUGCCCCUGAAGAGCUCGCCGGGACGUCGCCGUGUCAAAAAUGAGUUCCUCGCCUAUGGUCUACUAUGCUCCACGUUCGUGGUGCUACUCUGCUUUGGCAUGUACAUCGGGUACGAGCUGGAGUUCAAGCUGCCGCCGCUUAAGGAUAUCAUGAUCGGGUCAGCUCUGUUCCUGCCUCAUCUUGUGCUUGCCGGUGCCAUGCGAUUCUACAGCAUAUUUGCCUGGCUAGCGCGUGAUCGCCUGCAGCAGCUACAGGCGGAAGUGGACGAGCUGCUGACCAUUGGCCAAAUGAGAACUGAAAUGCAGCUGGUGCCAGGCACCAGUUCCGUACCUGUAGCUGUAACGCCCUCCAGCAUGGACAGCCUGCUCAGCCAGUGCGAGCAGCUGCAGCAGCUGGCAACGAAUUUUGGCCACUUGUUUGAGUCCCUGGAGCACUCUCUGCUGCUGCUGCUGGGUAUCAAUGCCAAUUGUUUGCUCUUUGGCUGUUACGCCUUUGUCUACUACAGCAGCACAUGGUAUGUGCUCUUCGAUGAUCGCAGGCAACGCAUCUUCUAUGCCGGCAACGCCUCCAUCUAUGCCUGCAUUGGCUGUGACUACGCGUGUUUGCUGCUGGCGCAGACCCUGCUCGAGCAACAGGUUCGCUUUAUGGUAAAAAAAAACAAUUGGAAAUCCGGGCUCAAGCUGGUUUGGUUAUUCUUCUUGCAGAGCAUUCAGUUCUCGGAGAGACUGAGCACAGCUCUUGGCCAAAGAACUGUCCUGCCCAAGCGAAUGCGUCGCAUUGCCAAGGAUAUGCGCGCCAUUUUAUCGAACUGCUUUCGGUUUAAGUUCCUCUCGAUCUGGCGCUUUGAUGUGGCCAACUUUACACUGGUGGGUAACAAAUAAUUUGUAUAAAAUUUAGCUUUUACGCUACAUGCUUUCUUUGCCUUGCAGCUGCAAUUGCUUCAGCUGCUAAUUAUAGCGCUGAUUGUGAUAUAUCAUUAUCUGAACGAUGCUAUUCAGCUGGCAAACGAACGUUUUGAUAGCAACAACGAUGAAUAA